GGGGAGGGGGGAAAGAUAUGGUAGUGAAAAUGAUGGCGACCGAUGCAGAGGAGAUAAGAAACCAAACAAGCCCCUGCCCUAUCCCCGACAACAGUCUCAGCACUCUGUCCAUCAAAAUCACGCGGAAAAACCAGGAUAGACACUGGAAGUUGCGGUCUAUUUACCUGCAGUGCUAUUUCUUGACCAUUGCAACAAUAUUGGGAACUGGAAUCUUAGGUCUUCCAGUGACGAUAGCCCAUGCUGGAUUGUUGCCUUUCCUCGUCUCGUUUCUCGUUGGCUUCUUUGUCCAGGCUUUGCUUAUCUACCUGUUUGUGGAACUUCUUCAGAAAUGUCAGGUGGUUCAGCUGGAAUCUCUGAAGACAGGUGUCGCCGAAUGUAUCUCGAUGGAUCAGGUGGGCGUGGAGGAUCCGGCACCCACAGAGGACGAGGAUGAGGACGAGGGUGAAAAUGCAGAGGCGGAUACCGGUUUACUACAGUCAGAUGGAGUAGCUUUGCACAACCAAGCUGAGUGCCUGCAGCCCAACCUUCAUCUGCUCGGCUACAUCUUCCUCUCCCGGCCCAUGAGCCACGCCUUUAACUGCAUCCUCCUCUUCCAGUUUAUUUCUAUUGGAAUCAGUUAUGUGUUAGCUGGCAGUGAGGCCUUUGCUGCUCUUCUUAAUGUCAGCCACAUCUACGUGAUCCCGGCCUUCACCUGGAUUCUAACUCUUGCAAUCUUACUGGCCCACACAAUCAUCCAACCAAUCACGUCUCUGCUUACCCUGCUGAAAGGACUUCUGCUCAUUGUCACGGUGGCUGUGACAUUUGCGGUGGGGUCUGAGGUUGGCCUUCAGAGCAGCAGUGACUUCAGUCAGAUGGGGAAACCUUUCCUAAUGGGAACAGUGGCUCUGGGGGGGAUAGUAAACGUGAUGCCUCUGCUCUUCUCGCAGAUCUCUCACAACAAAACACAGAUCCUGUGGUUUCGGAGAGCAGUGCUUGGAGGUCUGACAACCUGCACUGUGCUCAACAUCCUCUGGUGCUGGGCUGUGCUGGAAAUUGUCCCCCAGACGUCGUUACCAGAGAGGCGGACGGCAGGAGAGACUACAACCCAGCCCGACUCCAGCAGCCUGUCUGGUCCUCACUCCGCUGUCUCCCCUCUGCUGUACUCCAACAUCUCACUAGAGGAGAUGGAUGAUGAGCCUUGCAUGCUUUCAUUCAGGCCAGUCAGAAGGAUACGGGUGUCAGAUGUUCCGGCUCGGCAGGAGGCACAGUCUGAGACGUGUGCAGCACGUCAGCAAGUCAGCACCUUGCCCCAAGACCGCCACCUGCCAUCAAAGUACAGCAACAGGUCUGAGAAAGCGGGCGAGAUUGCAACCAUUCCACUGACUAAGAUUAUUAAUGAACGUUACAGGGCGUACUCCUGGGUGGCUGAGCUGAUCCAGGUCUUCAUAGCCAUCAGCGUCACUGUGUCCUUCCUGGUGAUGGGAUCGGCCAUGAAACACACCAUUGAUGGCCUGGUGAACUCGCUGUGGAGCAGCCAACUGGAGUGGUUGUCUAAAGCCUGGGAGAGAAACCUGCCGAACAAACAUCACAUCUGCUCAGCGAGAAGCAUGGCUAAAGGAUUCAUGUCGCUUCUUGGGUUUACUGUCAUCUUUAUCGUGUCAGUGUGUGAUCCCAGGGGUUUCAUUGUCAUGUUGGACAAAGUUGUGUCGUUCUCCCUCAACACUGAAGUUGGACUGUUUGUCUUCAUCAUGCUGAGAGAAUCCAGAGAAGACAGAUUCCAACACCUUGCUGUCCCUCUGCCAGUAGGUGACUGUGUCUUCAGCCUCAGCUGGAUGCUCCCCACCUACUUCCUGUUUGCAGUUACGUACGACGUCCUGCAGACUCUGGCGGACGUGGCUCAUUACCUGCAUUUCUACAGCAACAGUGAGGAAGCACACAGCCACAAUCUGACUGGGAGUUUAACGGCAGCCAAUCUGUCCGUCCUGCUCUGAUCCUCAAUCAGCCAGAAAACAGACGGACCAGUAGGAGUUGGAAUUGCCAAAAAUCAGAUGCUUAGCAAGUGCUUUUAUAUUGUAUUCACACUUAUCAAGCUCUUGAUACAUUUUGAAAAUGUCAAACAUAGGCAUUAUUUGUUUUUGAUGGAAUGUUUUUGCACUCUUUUUUUCUUUGUUCACUUGCGGUGGCCUCGCUGCGCAUGCAAACUGUAAAAUGUUUUAGUUUUUCCAGUAGUCUGGAAACCACCACACAGCAGGGGCCAGAUGUAUGAACGAGGCAUACGCACAAAAAAACAUCAAGUGUCUCCACCUCAUGCAUAGUUCAGACCGAGUGUACCUUUAAGGUGUAGAUCAGUGGUUCCCACUAGGGGUCACCAAAGCUUCACAGGGUUGUGAUGCCUUCUUGAAAACUUUAAACAAAAACAAAUAUACACAUUAGGCCUGUAUCUCAGUAUAUUGUUCAUUUCUGUGAAGUAUUUUAUAGUUUAGAUUAUUAUUCAAGAAUAAAAUCAACAUAUAUUCACAGAGCCUCCGAUAAACAGCCUCCUGCUGCAUCUGUAAAAUACACAGUAUGAACAUGUGUCAAAGGAAGAAGCCUAUUAGGGAGGUAUGAGGUUUUUAAAAAAAUUAGGGAUGUCCCAAUCAAGGUUUUUUAGAUCCGAUCAGAGUCAUUUGAUAUGUUAUUAUAUACCAUCUGGAGGAAGUUUCUCUUCUGUUCUCUCUCUCUUUCACACACACACAGCAGAGCGGAGGGUAGAAACAGUCAGAGUUGAUGAUGGCUGUACUGUGUGAGAAAGCCGAUACAUCGGGACAUCCCUAGUAAAAAUACAUGCAGGCAUAUUCACUUCCACAAUGAUUGAGACUUUUAAAACGGAACCACGUGUUCACACAGCUUUGUAAAUGUGAUGAAAUGCAGUUUUACCCCUGAAGAGUUGAAUGCGUCUGGUCCCUGCUGUUGUACAACGCUAAAUAUUCAAGUUUAAUAAAAUACUAGAUAAUAGACUAUACAGCAGGUUCAAUGCAGAACACUGUUUAUAGAGAAUACAAAUUAGAUUUAAAUGAACUUGUAUAUUAUGUAUUAUGCUCAAUUAUUAUAAAAAACUCUAUUUAACAACUGGGGAGGAGCCCCAGGGUCGGCCGGUGUUGAGUGUAUUUGUCUCCACAUCAGUAUGCACACUGAAACACACAAAGUUAGACUGCAGGGUUCCCAUGUAUGUUCACAAGCCUAGUAAGCUUUGGUUCAAGUAUGAAGUCUCAAGGUAGAAGAUGACAUAACACCCAAUAGAGAUGAAGAGGAGUUAUAGCGAAGGCCCACAGAGCAGCACAGGUCUGUUACAUUCCCGUAUGGGGGAAUAUAUUAUGCAUUUUAUUUAUUGGGGCUUGUUUUUUGCAGAAUUGUAAUGUUUCAUCAUAACCCAUUAAGGGUAUUGUUUGGGUUUUUUGAUGUGGGGUUGUGUGAGGUACUUAUCCAGUCUACAGUAGAUGGUGGUUGGCACGGACAGGAGCAGCAACACAAUGUAUUCUAGCCACCUAAAAAAUCCUCAACAUCUCUUUAAAGGUGCAGUGUGUAACAUUUAGGAGGAUCUAUUGUCAGAAAUGGAAUAUUCAUAGAUGUGUUUUUAUCAGUGUGUAAUCAAUAUAUAUCCUGACUAUAGGAAGAAUUGUGUUUUUGUCUCCUUAGAAUGAGACGUUUUUAUCUGCAGGUGCCACGAGUUGCCUUCCAUGGAGAUGACCGCCAUGUUCCUACAGUAGCCCAGAACAGACAAACUAAAAACUGGCUCUAGAUAGGGCCUUUUUCACGACUUUCGCCGUCACUGUAGUUUCACCUACACUCUUCACAGCCUGUUCUCAUUCUCAGGUUGUCAAAUAAAGACGCGAGUGGUGUUCAGUCAGUUGCAAUCUGCAACUUCCCGACUAGAUGCUACAAAAUUUUACGCGUGUGCCAUAUUAAGACUAUUUUUACUACUUUACCUUGCCGUCAGACAGGAAACUGAAGCACAGUAAUUUCACCUCACAGGAGGUAGGUAUGUGGCUAAAAUCCGUCUUGCUGCUGUCCACCGCAGUACAUUGCUUAUCUUCUGUGCUCGUACUCCUGUCUGCUGCUCAAAACUAUGGGCUUGCUAACCGCCAUCUACUACUUACUAUGGAUAAGUACCUCAUACAACCCCUCUGUAUAUGAUGACAUUAAUAUGUAAGAUAUAUACAUAAAACUUCAGCAGUAGUAAAAAUGACAUACUGUUAAAUAAACUAUAAUAAAUAAAAGUUAACAGAGCAUCAGUACCGUUUUAAAACCCAGGUGUAAAUGCUGUUUCCCACAGUUGAGGCAACUCUAGAAACGGCUCUGCAGCCAUCCAUCACUCCCAGGCAUUCUCUGUACGCUGAACACGCAAUAUCAUCAGGGUUGGGAUCAAUGAUCUUUAGCCCACUUUUGUUAUGUUUUAUUCUUAUCUUUGUUUAGAAUGCUCUCUUGUAAGAUGUUCUCUUAAAUUUGCAAAAAUAAGAUUUUGGUGGACACUGAUGAAGCCAAUGGGUACUAAUAAAAUCGUGGAUAUGAACAAAAAUAAGGAGACAUUUGUUUGUACGUUGCUUCCUGCAUCAGGCCCAAUGUCAACUGUAAGAAAUAUUCCUUUCUCUCUCACUUUACAAACGUGCACUGAGAAUAAAGCGUGUCCCUGGUUCUGCUAUCAGCACGAGGGAGGUUCAAGCUCUUUCAAGUCAAUGUUU